ACUUACUUUAAGUUGAAGAAUUGAGACUUACAAGAAAUGUAGAUACUAGUCAAAUAGAUCGAAAAGUCAGAGGCCAAAAAGAGUUGAAGAAAUUUGUAAUUAAGCAUCAUUAAUUAGCAAGAAGUACGGCGCACAUUAGAUUCUUCUCGAUUUCCGAUUUGCGUUGCAUGUUAGCAUGCAUCCUACGUUGUUAAUUCUUCACUUAAUUUAUAUAUAUAUACACACAUGUAUAUAAUACACUCCUCCCAUGUUUUCUCCACACUGUCAUUCUUCCAUUGUUCAACUCUAAAAAUUUCCUCCAUUUUUUGUAACUAUAUUUACACAUUGGAGGAAAUUAAACACAAACUUUAGUUAAAAAAAAAAUGAGGCAGGCAAUUUUCCUUCAUUUUUUCCUCGGAUUUUUAGCCUGUCUGAACACGGUUUCCUACGUGCAAGCAGAAGAUCCAUACGUGUUUCUCAAUUGGGUAGUCGAAUACGGUGAUAUUUCACCUCUUGACAUCAAGCAAAGGGGAAUUCUAAUCAACGGACAAUUUCCAGGGCCGACCAUUAACGUUAUUACAAACGACAAUGUAAUAGUUAACGUCGAAAACAAACUUGACGAGCCUCUCCUCUUCACAUGGAAUGGAAUAAAACAGAGGAAGGCCGCGUGGCAAGACGGAGUUCUAGGGACUAAUUGUCCGAUUCCUCCGAACUCGAAUUGGACAUACAGAAUGCAGAUGAAGGAUCAAAUCGGUACUUACAAUUAUUUCCCUUCGACAUUGCUUCACCGAGCAGCCGGCGGAUUCGGUGGGUUAAAUAUAUUAGCUAGGUCCGUUAUAUCGGUUCCUUAUCCCAAGCCGUACGAGGAACUCACCGUACUCGUCAGUGAUUGGUGGAAGAAAGACCACAAGGAUUUGCAAAAAAUACUAGACUCAGGGAGCCCUUUUCCAUUACCUGAUGGCAUUCUCAUAAAUGGGAAACCUCAUUCUACUUCUUUUCCUGUUGUUCCUGGGCAAACCUAUUUGUUCCGGGUGUCGAACGUGGGAUUGACAACUUCUAUAAACUUCCGUAUCCAAAACCACAAGCUCCUCCUCGUGGAAGUAGAAGGGUCCCACACAAUGCAAGAAGUCUACGAUUCACUCGACAUUCACGUCGGCCAAUCGAGCUCUUUCUUGGUCACCCUAUAUUCCGACCCGAAGGACUAUUUCAUAGUCGCCUCAUCGCGUUUUAUCAAGCCCGUUCUUACUGCAUCCGCAAUCCUCAACUAUCAGGGUUCGAAAAAUGCAGCCUCUGGCCCACUACCCAACGCGCCAAUUUUCCAAUUCCACGGCUCUAUGAAGCAAGCCAGAAGCAUAAGAUGGAAUUUGACAGCGAAUGCAGCGAGGCCAAAUCCACAAGGGUCAUAUCAUUAUGGUACAAUAAAAGUAGCGAGGACGAUCGUGCUUGAAAAUACUGCGGCCGUAAUCGACGGGAAAUUGAGAUACGCAAUAAACAAUGUGUCCUAUGUCAAUCCAGACACACCUUUGAAGCUGGCUGAUUAUUUCAAUAUUCCAGGUGUUUAUACCUUAAACACCACCAAGGACACCCCACCGGUGGGCCCCGCGGUUCUUGGAACCGGGGUUGUCGGUACUACCCUGCACGACUUUGUCGAGAUCGUUUUCCAAAACAGGGAAUCCUCCCUUCAGUCUUGGCAUUUGGAUGGCAACGAUUUCUGGAGUGUUGGGUUUGGUAGUGGGAAAUGGAAUUCUGCAUUGAGGAGGAGGUUCUACAAUUUAAAUGAUGCCACCACCAGACACACAAUUCAGGUGUAUCCUUUUUCAUGGAGUGCAAUUCUUGUGUCAUUGGACAACAAGGGGAUUUGGAAUUUGAGGUCUGCGAAUUGGCCGAGGCGAUAUCUCGGACAAGAGCUUUAUGUUAGAGUGUGGAACGACGAGCCUAGCCCGUUUACGGAGUACGGCAUUCCGGACAAUGUUUUACUUUGUGGCAAGGCUAAGAAAUGAUUUGUUGUUAGUGUUUUUUUUUUUUUUUGAAUUUAUAUCUUUUGUUGUUUCAUUUGUAUCAGUUACGAGGGUGUGACUGUCAAAUUGUAUUGUGGAAAUGAUGGGGAAAAAAAAGGAUCAUAGUUCCAUUUUAGUUUAG